CUGGUCUCAUAAUGCAAGAUCACGUUUGCCGCCAAACUGCCUGUCACUGAUUAACUUGGCGAGCCUGUUGCAGCCCAUCGCACGAACUGGCGGUAGCCGGGCAAAUUUGUUCGCUGGUUCCGUCGUUUGAUAGCCUCGCUUCUGUUGAUAGUCCUGCGCAGCACCACGCUUACCUCCAGCUGCCAAAAAAACCAGUUUGACUCGCUCUGAAACACAGAACCAGUGCGCAGGCCCGAAGCUGAUUACACAAACUUUAUCUGUACACUUACAUAGGUGACAGCAGCUGCGCGUAAAGAGCGGCGGGGGCUCGCCCCCAAAGAGACACGAUGCCGAACGACCUCUUAGCCCAAGUGAAGGGCAAGAACGCCCUGUAUGACGGCGAGGAUGACAAUGAGAUUGAGGAUAUUGAGGAGCAGGUUGCCCCGCCUCCAACGGACGCGGAGCGAGAAAUGCAGGAGUUCUUUAAGAAGGUCGAGCUAGUUAAGACGGACCUUGCAGAGGUUAAGGAGUUGCAGAAGGAGAUCUUAAGCAUGCACGAAAAGGGCAAGACUAUCGUGAAGUCAAAGGAGAUGCAGAAGCACAGGGAGCUGAUGCAGGAGAAGAUCGACGCGGUCAAUAAGCUCGCUCACGCCUGCAAGGCGAAAAUUGAGGCGUUAGAUAAGGACAACGACGCGGCUAAGAAGAAGAAGGGGCAACAGGCCGGUUCGGCGUCGGAGCGGACACGCACCACCAUCACUGCGGGGCUAAAGAAGAAGCUCAAAGACCACAUGCAGGAGUUCUCGGAGCUGCGGACACGCAUCCAGAGCGAGUACCGGGAGGUGGUGGAGCGGCGAGUGUACACCGUGACAGGCACGCACGCGACGGAUGAGGAGAUUGACAAAAUGAUCGAAACGGGCGACUCGGAGAACAUCUUCCAGAAGGCCAUCCUUGAACAGGGCCGCGGGCGGGUGCUGGACACGCUGGCUGAGAUCCAGGAGCGGCACCGCGCCGUGAAGGACCUGGAGCAGAGUCUGCUGGAGCUGCACCAGAUCUUCUUGGACAUGGCGGUGCUAGUGGAGGCGCAGGGCGAGAUGCUGGACAACAUAGAGAAGCAGGUGGCUCGCUCGGUGGACUACGUCAAGGGCGGCACGGAGGCGCUGCAGGACGCCAAGCAGCUGCAGAAGAACACACGCAAGUGGAUGUGCUGCGCCAUCAUGAUCAUGCUCAUCGUGGCGCUGGUCAUCGUGCUGGCGGUGGUGCGGCCCUGGAAGUACCUGCAAUAGCGGCGGCGCUGGUGGGGCUGGCUGCGCAGGUGGGGCGGGCGGCGCGGGCGGCCCGGGCGCCGCGAUGGUGGCUCUGGCGGGGCUGGCGGCUGGUGGAUUGGGGAGGGCGAAUGCGGAGGUGACGGGUUGGGAGGCUACCGGGCGUCGUGGCGCCGCGCGGCGUCGGCAACAGGGCGGCGGCGCUUGGCAUUGCGCGGCGGCAGUGCGGUGGUGUGGGGACGCAUGCGGGACCGCAGGUAAGAGAGCAGUCGCUGGCACGCGGAUGCGUCCCCCUUGCCCGACCAGCGGGAGGGAGGCGGUGCGCGGUCGCGGGAUGCAUGCUGCUGGUGGUGCGUAACGGCAGCACAGCGGUUGGCUGCAACGGGAUGUAGCACAUGGCAAUGGCGAGGGCCCAGCGGCUGCGUGGAAAGCUGGUGUUGUGGGUCUCGGGUGGCCCAGCAGCAGAACUAGAAUAUGAGCAGAGCCGCAGCCCGGCAGGCUGUGGUCAGGUUUGACGUCAUGCCAUGGCGCGGACAAGAACAAACAUGCGCAGGACGCACUGUUGUGGGUUUGCGGUUUUGGGUAGCUACCGAUGACAUUGACCCGCUUAUGAGCGAGCUAGCAUAGCUGAGUGAGGGGUGUUGCAGUGUGUGUGGUAUGUGCGCAAAUGGUUGGGCGAUGCUGUGGGAACAUGUGCGUUGUGGCCACAGCAGAAGGGAAAUGCUGCACCGAACUAUCGGGAUUGCAUGUGGGUCAUGACGACCGGGCUGCGGAUGUGCACACAAGCACACAUGGCGUUGCACAACGCCCUUGCUGCAACCAGUGGGGCUACACAGCAUGAGCAUGGUAUGUGUGUACGGUAUCAGAUACUGGUUUCCAGAACAUUCAUCCCCCCUUACGUGUCUGCGCGUGACUACGCGCGUUGCUGCGGCCCUGGCCGCUCUGCGCGCGGAUCGCAUGGCGCACGGCCGCACCAGUACAUCAAAGGUCAAUGUGGUCGCAGCUUUGCGCCCAAGCGGGUCCCACUCCAGGAAAAAGCGUGUCCCCAGGGAGGCGCCCACGCGACGGCACCAAAACCCCUUGGCAGAUUGUCCUUCAUGGAAGCCGCCACGUCUAUGGACUCAAUCUGCCAGGGGGUUUUCACCGCGUGCCGUCCGGGGGGUGCGUUUCCCCAGCCAAACCCGCACGCCGAGGAGGCCAGGAGACGUCGCCCCGAGAAAAAUGCAGAAGCGGGAUACAGACUCCGCCACUUAAUGUAUAUGUUACAUGCAAUCUGUUGGAGCAAUAGCGCUUGACAGCAGGCUAAAACGUGCUCGUCGAGGCUCAAGUCGCGAAAUUGACCGAAGCCAACAUCCUACAUAGGCGUUGUUUUCGGGCUUUACCGAUUGCCGUCAACACAAAUGUAUGCAUAGGUGUAGUUAGGCUACUGUCUGGCCUGGUAUGGCGUGUCCUGGCGAACGCGACAUUUAGGUCGGCCCCGGCUCGAUUCAAUGCCCCCGGGUUACUCUAAUGACCUAAUAUGUGGUAUUAGAUGCUAUAGGAAAGGUAUUGGGCUGGGGACACGACCGGCCUGCAGGGCCGUGCGCGAGUGGGACCCGCUUGUUUGCGCCUUCGCUCUUCGGGCCUUUGUCCAAUUUGGCGGCUUGGCGCGCCAGCAGGCAGCCCUGGGAGUCUGGGUCUGAUCAUUUUGCGUUCUAUGGAGUAUGGACAGCACGGUAACAGAGGGUCUGUUACAGCCCAUCCACGCCAGCGCACUGCCGCUGUCCAGCUGACCGGAGGCAGCCGAGGCUCUAUCGCACUUGACGCGUUCCCACACGAAGCAACGACAGCGCUCGUAUCUUCCUUCGUUCGGAACGAAAUUUGCCCAAAAAGGCCUCUGGCGGACGAAAUUUAUGUGAUGUUAACUUGAAAUUUCGGCCAAAACGCACGGGAUCUUGGGGGGUAUUUCGGCAAACAGACGAAGACAUUUUUGGGAUUUCGGCCACUUUUGGCCAAGGACAGGGGGGUCCAGCGGCUACUCCACGGCCGAAACCUGCGUGGCAUAUGGUAAGAAGGCUCAAAGGGCUGUAUCUAUGGGUGUUGACGGCGGGAGACAGGGGUUCCCCUGGCAGGAGAGUGAGGUUGGGUCGGCGGGAAGCAGGGGAGGAGUGGGCGUGUCGUGUCGGUGUCGACAUCGUGCGGGUCGGGGGCGGAGCCCCCGGAAAAUUUUUGGGGGUGAACGAAGCGGCGGCAGCCUGUUUCGUCAACUAAACGAAGCCAUUUUAAGGAAUUCGGCCACUGACGCCGCCCCUGCCUUCGUAAGAUACGAGCGCUGAGCAACGACGUGAAUAGCAAG